AUGGAAGAAUUCACGGAGGAGUUCAACGUUGAAGAGACAAAGCGGACCGAUGAUUGGGUAAGAUAUAGGCGCUUGAGCCAUUCACAUAAUCGUCCUCUACUUCCCCAUCAGCAGAAGCCACCCAAAAGAUGGUUCCCCAUCGCACUGCAAACCAAUUCACGUCAUGCAAUAAUAUUGAGGAUACGGCGGGACAAUCUCUACUUGGACGGUUACCGAGCGGAGAGUUCUGGCCAGUGGUUUGAGUUCGAGAGCAACGCUUCGACACAUCUAAUUCCCAGAGGAUCGACCUUCCUGGGCUUCGACGGUGGCUUUGCUGACUUGCAACGUGCUGCCGAACAGGGGAUGGAGACAAUAAACCUUGGACAGACGCAACUCACGACCGCUGUAACCCGGCUCCAUGAUGCCACUAAUACUGCGAGUAGCCAGGACAGGGCUCGGGUAUUGAUAUGCGAAUCAAUUCGAUACGAUCGUAUAUCCAACCACCUAGCCGCCACAUUCCGAAUCCUCUCUGCUGCGUUGCUGCGCGCUGAUGCCUAUCCCGGGCAUGUCUUCCAUAUUCCACAACCCAACGAGAUGCAAGUAGUGACGGCUGAUCAGGCGGUUGCCGCACUUGGCAUCUUGCUGGAUUUCCAGCAUCUUGGACCCAUUGCAUCAGGAAGGCGUUCAGGCAUGAUGCAUGUACAAGAUAGAUGGUUCCGAGGUUUACCGCUAGUGGAGGUGUUCCGGGUGCACAUCAACGACAUCGAGGGAGAGGACCCGGGUCAGCUUUACGAAACCAUCCACCCAAACCCAAAUAGUGCAGCUCUGCUGACCGGCCUAGAUCGCCGAUCCAUCUCGGCCUGCGAUAGCUUCACCAUCGACGUGGAUCUCAAGGGUAAGGACACGUUGUCUCCAGACAAUGAGGUCAGCAAAGGCCGGAUCUCAUGGAAUGUUUCCAACACCACCAACGAGUAUGACGAGCCUCUCUCCCAUGUCGUCCAAGGCAAGCAUGGUUCGGCCACAGUGAACUAUGUCGUGUUCAGUGAUGCGGUGGAGGCCUUUGCGGAGGUUACGCUCAUAAACGGCCAUGGAGAAGACCCCGUCGAUGUCUAUGGAGAUAUUACCGUUCGCAAUGACCGCUUUGAGUAUCAAAGCGUGCUCUUCAAGAGGAAAGAAGACGAAUACAUACGAGUCCAUCCUAGAAGACUCAUUCCGUUGUCGAGAUCCAUGGUGGCCGUGCCCCUGCAGUCCUCCCUCAUAGUUUCCCUGGAACUGUAUGAUCACGACGCCCUUUCUCCUGAUGAUGAGAUUGCGAAGGGCACUGCGGAGUUCCCUGCUGAGCUCGAAGGUACAGACGAGGAGGAUAUCUCCGGCAAGUAUGGUGAGAUCCAAGUGAAGGUCACUUGGAGUGACAUAAGCACUACUCAUAUCAGAUACAAGGACUCUGCUGGUUUAAGCACUACGGAUGGUACAAGUAGUUCUUAUGGUGGAUUCUGAUGUUGCGUUUCCUAAGCAUGAUUAUAUGAUUUAAAUUAGAAAAAUCUAUUGUAGAAUAAAAAAAAGAUAAACUUGUACUGCCUAUGGUGACCCGGAACUGGUCUUUGGGGGGUGGCUUGGGGGCGUCCCCCGUGUUUCAAAAGGAGCAGGGGAACACCUUGUUUCGAUCAAAGAAGGGGCGACGCCUGCUGUGCGGACAAGAAGCGGGGCGGAGGGCACCUUCAUCGACAAGAUGCGUAGAUGUCCUAAAUUUUCGAUUCUAUUUGGAAAGAACAAAACUACAAGAUCUUCAUUGACAGAGAAAAAUAGCAAGAUGACUAUGAAGCCAGCUCUCCAGUUCUCCUACUCCUGGAAACACAACAUUCCUUUCAAAUCCCUUCAUCGCUAAUCGAAGCUGCCAUAUGUUUUGCUUCCUCUGUCCCCCUUAUUCUAUUGAUUUUGUAUUUGCCACUUGGGUGACCUCCUCUCAAGGUCUUCUGCAUGUUUCAGUUCACAUUUAAUGACGUAGAUGAUUUUUAA